CGGGGGAUCGGCUAUUGCCCAAACGGUCGGGUCACCUGUAUCACGCGGAUUGGUUGCGGCGGCGCGCUUGCGCUUGUUCGUCCGGUGUCCAGCCUGUCCGUCGUUUCAAGACGCGCUGCAUUUGCACUGCAUCGGGCUGCAGCGAUGGCAUCAACGGCAUCCCGUGCAUGUAGGACCUGCCACCACAUGCCACACCACAUGGGUCCCGGGGAACGUCUUCAACCACUCCCGUGGACCGUUCUGGAAAUGGAAAUGGGCAUUAUUGCAAAAAGCUGGGUUCAAGGUGUGCUCAGCUUCUGUCACAGGGCUGUGACUGUUUUGAUGUCUGGUCUCUGAUGGUGGUGUGGAUGCUGGAGUGUCGUGGUAGGGUUACUUCUGUUGCUGAUUUCUCAUGGCUAACACCGUCCAGACACUCCCGUCACCUUUAUGUUCAUAUCUGUGCAAGUUUCCUUUUCCCUUUUCAAUUUGGUGUUGCACGUCGAAGACCACUUCUGCACACAGGCGUUUGGUUCCUUUCCUUCUUCCUUGUUUCUUCCUUUCCAUACUUGCAUGUUGUCUUGACCGUGCCGCUCGGGGCGACCUUGGUCAGCUUACUCGAAGUAUCUAAUGGGGUUCUCCUGGAAACCACAACAACAACAACAGCAACUUCACCCUAACCAACCGGCCCUCAUGGCUGACCACGAGAUCGAAGAGGCCAAGCGUCUAAUCCUCGCACGACGAGCCUCCGUCCAGACCAAGAGCAGCGACCAAUCCUUCGGUCGUCUUCGUACCCGAUCGCGGACAUUCUCCAACUCUCAAAAGCCCUUCACUUACCAAGAAAUCAACCAGGUCCUCGACGAGGUGGUGGAUGCAAACGGACCUGUGGGUGUGAUCAAGGCCCUCCUGGUACUCGGCGCCGACGUCAACUUUUCCAAGAGGAGGAGCGUGGACACCUGGAGCAAGCUGACUGGGAGGAAGAACGAAGGCUGGCGCAGUGAUAUCCUCAUCCGAGCAACCGUCCGAUGUCCCUCCGAGACUGUCUACGCUAUCGCCCAUCACGCCGACCAGGAGAAUCUCGAUGGCGCCUUGCAUCAUGCCAUGCUAAGGGGCAACCUCGCUGUGCUGCAGGCAUUGCUUGAUCACGGCGCAAAUCCUGUUCAGCUGCAUGAUGACUUCCUCGACCUUAUAUCCCGCAACCACGUCGAUCUCGUACAGGCUAUCCUGGCUGGCCACCGACUGCCGUGUCUCCCAUGUCGAUCUACUGGAUUGAUGAUAGCUGCCAAGAACGGGUCGCUAGAAAUCGUCAGUCUGUUACUCAAAUGCUGGGCCGAUGUUAAUCACGACGGCGGAGCUGCGUUGGUGGCAGCUGUAGAAGCCCGUCGCCCCGAUCUAGUUGCGGUUCUCAUCUCUGGCCCGGUACAGCCCUCUCCUCGUUCUUUGGACGCUGCUCUUGGUCGGGCCCAUAAGGAAAUAAUGGCACGUUCAAACGAGGAGCAUCGGGAAAUCAUCGAAAUGUGUUUGUCUGCCGGUGCUGCAGGAGAAGAGACGACCCGGCUUGUGACGGAGGGUGUCGUAGCCGCUGUACGAACGAGACACAUCCAGUUGCUAGACACAGUUCUCCGGGUCAAGAGGCCACCGCCACAGUAUGAAGCAAUGGCAAUGGUGGAUGCAGUCAAGGCGCAACACAUUGAUGUUCUGAGUAAGCUGCUUGUACUGAAGCCGCAGUCCAAGAGCCUCGCGCUUGCGGUUUCCCAAGCAGUCGAAAUACAGAACCGACAAACGCGACACGACAUUACUCAGAUACUCAUCGAUUCGGGUGCUCAGGGGUCAUGUACGGCGGAGGCCUUGGUCAAGAUCGUCAAGAUAAUUGUUACCGAGCCCGGGAUGCCCCACAAGACGUCUUUAGAUCGAGCGAUGGACAAGAAGCUGUUCCGUCUUUUGCUUCAGCAAGGAAAGGCAGAUGUGAACUAUGAAAAUGGCGAAGCUUUGCAGAUUACUGUCCAGAAGCCGUGCCUGGAGAUUGCUGAGGAGAUUGUUAGUAGGGAACCAUCGCCCGAAGCAUUGGGUACUGCCUUGCCUUGGGCAAUGGAUCUCGUCAACCCGAGGGCCAGGGAGUCGAUGAUUGAGCUCCUGCUUCGAAAGCACAUUAAUGAAGAUGCUGUAGGAAAAGCCUUGGUUCAGGCCUUUAAGGAAGGGCCUGAUAAUGGGCCCCUCGUCAAGUUACUCCUCACUCGUGCAUCCGUUAAUCAUAACAAUGGAGAAGUGUUCAUCUUCGCGAUUCGCCAAUACCGACCCGAGACGUUCCGAAUGCUCCUCGACCAAGGGAUUAGCUACAAAGCGCUCUUCACCGCCAUCAACGAAGCCCUCAAAACCUCUAGGACGAACAGGCGAGCGGUUUUUACGGAUCUCAUGAGUCGCCUACAGUUCGACCAUCUGAAUACUGCAUUGAAGUACGUUGUUCUCGAGGCCGACACCGACCUGACUCUGGCCAAAUCACUACUCGAAGCAGGAGCCGAGGCUACACACGAGAAUGGUGUCUGCAUUAAGAAUGCAGCCUCCAAUCUCGAUCACGAUACCCUUGGUCUCCUGACAGAAUACUCCGGCACUCAUGACAGCAUCUUCACGCAAGCUAUGACCGGUGUCGUCAACCGUGGAAAGCAGUGGGUUGCCUUUGAACAUGUUGAGGUCAUGAAACUCCUCGUCCGAGGAGGGGCCUCUACCCAGGUUAUCAACAAGGCUGUGGUGGAAGUCGUCGACACUUUGGCCUGCAAGGAGUCACAGAUCGAGCUGGCCAACAGAUUUCUCGACAUCUUCUUUGCUGCCGGCGCCGAUGUCAACUAUGAAAACGGAAAACCGGUCGGAAUCGCCGCCAGUCGUGGUGAUCCGGUGCUUCUUGCGCGGUUGCUUAGUAAUGGUGCGUCGUCGAUGACUUCCACACAUGCUCUCUCAACUGCUAUAAUGGCGCACCAUGACGAGAACCUGUUACUGCGGUUGAUCGACGUUUUUGCGGAUAGGCGAACUGCGGCACCGGAUGUGAACCAGUCGAUUCCGGGCAUGCCAUCGCCGAUCUUUCUGUGCCUCAAGUCGUACCCCAAGUCGCUGGCCCUGUUGGAUAGUCUCGUCGGUGCCGGGUGUGAUCUCGAGUCCACCGUGCUGUCGGAUGUUUGCCCUGAGGAGGAGUCAACUGAGAAGAAGGUGCGGGCUGGAAAUUUUGAUGAGCCGGUUACCGUCUUGUUAUGGGCUCUUUUGCCCAGGAAUAGCCAGAUUGAUCCUGCUGUCGUUAAUGGGCUUGUUCGUCACGGUGCCAACACCGCUUACGCGUCGCCGAGAACUCAUACUACCGCUUUGAUAUUGGCGGUCAAGUCAGGAAGAGUUGAAGCCGUGCAGACACUCCUCAAUGCCGGUGCCAAAGUCACUGCCAAGGACAGCCAGGGACGUUCCGCUUUGUACAUUGCCGCCAGGUUGGGCAAUGCGGAUAUUGUGGCCGCGUUGCUGAGGAUCAACUCUUCCCUAAACGAUGGCAGUCUCCAUGAAGCGUCGCGUAACCUCCACACCGGUGCAAUGCGCCUCUUGGUUGAAUGCGGCCAUGAUCCUAACUACAGGUCAAGCAAGCAUGACGGACGCACUGCCUUUGGUGAGAUGGCUCUCAAGGCCACUGUGCCUCGCGAUAUUUCCAUUGCUGAGGAAGCCGUCGAAAUUCUCUGCACCGGCGGUGCCAGCCCUCUGCUCAAAACCAAUGGAAAGACAAUCCUGUUCUUGGCCUUGGACAAUAUGGACAACGAAGCCAUGACCCGUCUACUCCUGGACAAGCAUCUGUAUCGCAUCCUCAACAGCCCGGAGAAUAUGUAUGUGGAGGAUAUCUACCACUACUCGCCAACCAUGUAUGUCAAGAAAGGCAUGCUUCAGGGACCAAGGACCGCCGGUCUGAUUGAGAUUCUGGAGGGCCAUGGCGGCGAAGACCGGUACUACGCUACUAUGGAACAGAAACAACCACAUGAUGCUGUAGGUAUGCCCGAGGAGAUCCAGCAGUUCGAGCGGGAGCGCCGUGCGCGAGAACGACGCAUCCGGGAAGCAGAAGAGGAACACGCCGCCACCCUGCGUCGCGAGUAUGAAAAAGCCAAGACGGUCGACGUGAUCGAGGACUUGCAUCACAACCGCUCAUACCGGCAUUACGAGGACAUCUCUGACCAGCACCGCCGGAACAAGUACCUCGAUCACCAUACUGACGUCACCAUCAAAACCGAAGCGGCCCUCGUCGACAACUCCCUCAAAAUGCACGGCGCCAGCGUCGACAACGCCAUCCAGUGGCAACGCCACAACAACCACAUGGCCAUGGGUGUCAACGCCGCUCACGUCCAGCGCGAUAUCAAAAUGCAGCGGCACGCCGUUGAUCUGACUAUUGGCCGCGAUGCCGCCCAGCUUAACCGGUCCAUCGCCAUUCGGCACCACAACGACGGGAUGGUCAUGGCCUCGCAGCAGCGUGGCGCCCAGCUAGCGCACAUGCGCCACGAACACCACCAGGUCAUACAGCAGCGGAAAGACCACGGCGUUAUCGACCACAUCCACGCCGAGAACCGGCACGCGCUCGAAAUGCGCGCGGGCGCCCAGCGCCAUGGGCAGGCACUCGCGCACCAGCGAUCGGCGCACCAGCUGGGCAUGAGGAAUCGCGCGGAUUACUAUAACCAGGGACUGGAGUUCCAAGGGAGAGCGCAGGCGAUGCAUGAGAGGCAUAUUGAGGGCAUUCAUCAGAAGCAUAUGAUGCUGGCGGGGGCGAAGCAUACGAUGAACAUGACGGAGUUGGGGGCGCAGAGGGGAAAUAUUAUUGGGCAGACUAAUUUGAAUGAAUUAAGGCAGUGGUCGGCGGCUGGAGGGGGGAGGAGUAUUGGGUAUGGAGGGGGCAGAGUGCAAUUGCUAAAUUGAGUGUGCGUUUGGAAGAACUUUGGCGAGAAAGAGAUGAAACGACGGGAAAGCAUCGAAAGAAGGGACGAAGAAAGAAGGAGGUGCAUUGGAAGGCAACUGAAGGCCCAAAGAAUGACGCGGAGAUAUGGCUGGCGUUUUGCGGAUUUUUGAUACCAUAAACAUAGCGUUUAUCUUUUAUUUAGACCUUUAUAUCUUCAGAAUGUAUUUCUUUUUUCAUC